UGAUCAUCACACGCCAAACAAUGAGAGCGCUCUGAGUUUUACAUUUCUCCGUGCCGAGGCAAGUGAUGAGCACAUCUGUGGAGUAACGCAAUGGCUGUCGAAGGAUACAUUGACGGAUGUCUGUGUUGUGAUGCAACAAAGCGCAUUGUGUGCGCUCCGCCCGCUCCUGCAGACCAGUCGGGCUGAUCCUCCUCUGGCAGCAGGUGUUGACAUGUGGACGGGGGAAGUCACCCGUCAUUCUCACUAAACACUCACAUUUGAGCUGAGAAAAAGUGACAGUGACACAGUGAGUCGGGAUGCUCGGCCAAUCUCCUCACCUUAUCGGAGGCAUCUUGUGGAUCCAGAAUCCAAUGAGAGCUGUUCACUGCAACCUGAGUCAGAAUGGGCUGGACCACCAGAUGUGUCCGGAGGACAUGACGUCUCAGCUGGAGGAGGACGAGGAGUCUGUGGACGCUGGGAACCUGCCGCUGGACGACAACAGCCCGAGCUACCAGGACAUCAGUCCACCGGUGUACCAGCGGCGCUCGCCCCCACACCGCUCCGUCUCCGAGUCUGAGCUCACCCGGCCAGGAUACGUGAAGCUGUCCAAGCCCGUGGCCCUGUGGACCCAGCAGGACGUGUGCAAAUGGCUGAAAAAGCACUGUCCCAAUCAGCACCAGAUCUACAGCGACUCUUUCAAACAGCACGACAUCACAGGACGGGCUCUGAUGAGAUUGACAGAUAGAAAGCUGGAAAGGAUGGGCAUCAUGCAGGAGGCCCAGAGGCAGCACAUCCUGCAGCAGGUCCUGCAGCUUCGUGUCCGAGAGGAAGUCAGGACUCUUCAGCUUCUCACACAAGCCUCUCUGGAGUGCACUCCGUCUUCACCGUAGACUGAUUGAGCGGGAGCGCCCGGCUGCAGGAGGACGCAGACACACACACGUCGGCUUCUGUCAACACUCAUGGAGUCACAGCCCUGGACCAAUCACGUCUCCUCGUCUCACACCUCCGCUCUUCUCUCUGUCCUCCACUUCUACAAAGACUAAUCCGGAGAGAGAGGACACGCCUCCUUCCCAGCCACUCCUGAAAAUCUUCCGCAAGUUCGGACUCGCAGAACAAAAUAAUUUCUCACGGCUUCCUGGAAUCUGACCAAUAGUUUCCAUUGAAAGACGUCCCAUCUCCACUUAUUUCUGACCUUUUGAGCCACACAGCUAUCAGAGUUCUCAUGCCAUAACGAACGCCUGCACAUUCCUCAGACACCCAUCCACACAUACAGACCACAACGCUGGGUUUCCUAAAAGCCUCUUAACACAUAGGUACAUGCAUAUUUGGGCUCAACUGCUUUGUGGUUGUCCAAUUAUUCCAUGUGUUUGGUAAUAUGCUUUUAAGAUCCCGGCCCACCCACAAUGUCCUUCUGUCCCUGAGACAGAGGUCGGCCUCUUCGCCGUACGGUUGCCCUGCAGCGCUGAGGACUUUCAAAAAGCAGAAUCAACGGCCACCCCCCUUCACCCCCCUUCACUGCCACUCCUCAUCCCCAGACUGUAUCCCCACAACCACAAGUGGGUGACACAUUUUAAACAACUGUGCAUAUGUUAUGUGCCGUUUCGCGCUGUCAUCCUGUGAAUAAGCCCAGUGUAGAGUGUGCAACAAUGCCAUCUCUCUCCACACGCGUCGUCCUCACCAUGUCCUGUACGGCCCUAGUCGGGGAGAUACAAGUCUGAGAGAACUUCAUCUUGAAAACGGCCACUAAGUGAGGAAAAGAAGACUGAGUAGGUGCGGUUAACCCGUUUUAACCAAAUACAGAACUUGGGGGGGGGGGGUUGAAAACAGGGCAAACCGCAUUAUGGAGAUUUCUUUGUUGUUGUAACACACGAUACUAAAAGAAAAAGCUUAUAAGGCAGCCUGAUGGAACUGGGAUUACAAAGAAGAAAGGGCUCAUGGACUAUGAGAUGUUUUGACUUGAACUUCUUCACUCUGGGGAGAGAAAACAAAGGAAGACAUUGCAGAUGGCAAAGAAAGCGGUUAAUGUUUUUAGAUUUCCUAUCUCUUGUAUCACUUUGUCUGCUUUUCCAUCUCACUGCUCGAAACAAGUUUUAGAAGAGUUAUAUUCAAGAGAUGUAGACGUAAUGCAAGCUUAAGCUCAUCGUCCAAAUGUUGUCUGUCAUCCCCUCGUAUCAGGAAGUUACACCGUAAACUAUUUAAGUGUGAAGACAAACUUAAACCUCUGCUGUAAAUGUGAAUAAUGGCCAGUCACUGUUGAUAUUAGAGACAUUUAAACUGCACUUAAAAGCACAUUUGUCAGUAAUGAAACAAAACAACUGCAAAUUGGACCCUUAUCUUCACCACUAUGUGUCUGGAAGUGUACAUACAUUAUUAGACUCGACGUGUAAUGACCUCAAUGUCAGCUGCUUACAGUACUUUCCUGCAGAGAUAUUAGCAGAAGCCCUAAUCCACGCUGAUGUAGCAUGAGCUGUUGUCACGGUAACAGCAUCCUCUCCUGCCUGGAGGGGAGCUGUCAAUCAGGGGGAGCAUGAAGAGGCUGCAGCAGUCGGAGGAGAGGGAGGAGAACACAGGUUCAUGUCUGCUCGCGUUUUAACGGGAUUCCAUUUGUAUGGGCAGAAAUAUGUGCCACUAGAAACUGAAUUUGAAUCAUUUAUAUUUGAAUUUGAAUUGCUCAACUUGAAUAAUUGCAUUAAAAAACUGAAUCUGAAUCACAUAAUUUGAAUUUGUAUUGUUUGAUUUGAACCCGAACCGGGGCAGGGCUAAAUACGUUUUUUAACUUCUCCCUGCUCCAUUUCGAGCAUGCAAAAAAGGAAAAAAAAAAAAAAAAAGCCAGU